AUGUUAACUUAGCUAACCUAGCUAAUUGCUCAAUAUAGCAAUCAAUAGAAUACUUCAUAUUCUACAAAUGAUAGAUUUUUAUCCAAAAAUGACAUUGGUGAGAAUUCUUAAAAUAAAUAACCAAUUACGUCAGAAUCUGAUAAGGAUGAUGAUGAUAGUAAUCCGGUGAUUAUACUUAAUAUUUGUCUAAUUCUCUUCAUAUGUGUUUGUGUAACUAUUAUUGAAGUUAGUAGAAGGAAAAAAGUUAAAAAAGAGAUUGAUCAAAAACUAUUGUAAGAAAAGCGCUUAUCACUUCAAGCUAAUAUAGGAAUUCUCAAUAGAAUUUAAGAUUAGAUGCAAUUUAGUUUAUGGAAGUUAACCAGCUUCAAUUAUAAAAAUUUCUCUACUCAAAAAAUUCUUAAGUUUUAAUCCUUCCUUACUUCUCAUAAUAAAUUGGAGCUUUAAAUAAAUGUGGAAGAUGGCAAAGAUCCUUGGUCAGCCGAAGGACACAUAUCUACAAACUUAGAACAAGAAAUUUAUAUUCAUAUGAGAACAAGUCUGGAUUGUGAAUUAUUAGAAAAGAAUGAAAAAUGUGAUCAUCUAUAUUUACUACAAUAAUUCAAAGGGGUAUAUAAUAAUCAAGAAAAUAAAUUUAUUGGUACUUGGAGUGUCUAUGGAAGUCAAGAACUCAAUAAUUUGAAUUUCUUUGGAGAAUUUGAAUUAGCCAGAGAAAUUGUGUGA